AUGGCAUCCUCAAGCCAACCAAGGGUAUCUAGACUGCUCGGAGAAUCAUGGGCUAGUUGGUCUCCAGAAGACGCGGACCAGUCGACAUGUAUCGAUAGCGACGAUGAAUUUUAUUCUGGGCUAGAUCUACCUUCGUCAAACCCAUCAACGGUGCCUGAUAAUUCUCUAUCCAUUGACAGCAGCCCGAUGCCUCAGUUUGGAUUCCUCCAGGACGCAUCCAUGAUAUCACUCUCGGGUCCGGAGCUCGUUAUGCCAUCUAUACACCAAGACUAUUCUCCUGAUGGCUCCUGGGUGGUUUCCCACCCUUCCCCUUUGACAUCCAAUCCCCCAGCUUCUCGGUAUACAGGGGCUGCGAGUUCUAUCAAUCCGCUUCCCAUAGACACUCCUCGGGGUCAUGGGAAACAGGAGAAGCAGCGCAAUCACACUUUCUCAAGAUCGUCGCACGUCACAGACGACUUAGGACGGCCCAAGCUUUCUACCAAAUACCUGCUAAUAGGCAUCUUGCUACCCUUUGCAGUAUAUUUAGCUAGGGUAACAUUCUUAUCAUGGGCAACAGAGGGUACAAAGUCCGCAACAUCUUCAGAGUCAGCGCCAUUUACUCUCGAAGGAACUCCACGCCAACUGGAACUCUUAAUGGACGCCCGUGCUCGACUUUGGCAAAUACUUAGCAACUCGAGCAUAUCUGCUUCCCAAAUUCCCGGCCUUCUCAAGGGAUGUGAGUUAGCAGUUGUUGAGCUCUGCAGCUUAUGGACGGACGACAUGGGAUCGAAGCAUGAGGUAGAAUUCGAAUGCGAUAAUGCCUUGAUUGCCGUUCUCCAAGCCAAAGAAACAAGCCGCUCUCUAUAUUGGCACUCGGGGUCUGCCUUGGAUGAAAUCGAUCGAGAGCUUUCAAGGAUAAAGAGGUCAUUGAUUACCACUACCGUCGAUGAAUCCAAUAGUCUUGUCGACCUCAUCAUGGAGGCAUUGAAUAUGCGUUUAAAUCGACCAGCUGUGAAAUCUGGCAUUUCAGACGCUCAGUAUAGGCAAGCCGAAGCGGCAUUUGAGCUUGCGGUCAGCAAACUGCUUACCCAGGCGAAUUACAUUCUCGAAACCCUUAACUCGUUUCAAUCUCGCCUGCAGUCUAUAGCUGAAAUCAUUUCGAAAUUCAACGGGGACCAGGACACUUCUGGUUGUUGGUCCCACCAUCCCGGCGGCGAAGGGGGUGAUUUGUUUGCCACUCUUAUUCAAAAUAUCAAAUGCACCCUUGAGGAAUCACUCUUUCUCUCAUUCGGCCCUAAAUUGGGUGGUAGACCGUCAGUAAAUAUCGGCGGCAGUUUAAAAACUACUAUUCAGUCGCAGUUAAGCCGGGCGGAUCAACAGCAGCAACUAGUUGUGAUAGUUGUGAAUUCUUUGGUUUCUCAGUUAAAGCAGCUGCAAAAGGACUGGGAUAUGGGCUACGAAUCUCCUUAG